CUCUAUAUUCACUGUUUUUUGUUUGUAUAUAUCACAUCGAUAAACUGUUCUCUCUCCUUUUAUUUUCCGUUCUCCUCCAAAGUUUUAUCUUUCAGCUUCCUCCUAUAGCUUUUCAUUCAUUCAUUCUAGUUUCUCCUCCUUAGUGGGAGAGCCACAAGAGAAUAUCCGGGGAAUAGCAUAAAGAAGUUGUUAAGAUGGAGAUUACUAAUGUUACCGAGUAUGACGCUAUUGCAAAGCAGAAACUACCUAAGAUGGUUUAUGACUACUAUGCCUCUGGUGCAGAGGACCAGUGGACUCUUCAAGAGAACCGAAACGCUUUUUCAAGGAUUUUGUUUCGCCCUCGUAUCCUGAUUGAUGUAACCAAGAUUGACAUGAGCACAACUAUUCUGGGAUUCAAAAUCUCAAUGCCAAUCAUGAUUGCUCCUACUGCCAUGCAGAAGAUGGCUCAUCCUGAGGGGGAGUAUGCAACAGCAAGAGCAGCAUCAGCAGCCAACACAAUCAUGACUCUAUCUUCAUGGGCUACUUCCAGUGUCGAAGAAGUUGCUUCAACAGGACCUGGGAUUCGGUUUUUCCAACUCUAUGUGUACAAGGACAGGAAUGUUGUUGCACAACUUGUCAGAAGAGCUGAGAGAGCUGGUUUCAAGGCAAUUGCCCUCACUGUGGACACUCCAAGGCUUGGCCGCAGGGAGGCUGAUAUCAAGAACAGAUUCAAUUUGCCACCAUUUUUGACUCUGAAAAACUUUGAGGGUUUGGAUCUUGGAAAAAUGGACAAGAGUGAUGACUCUGGACUGGCAUCAUAUGUUGCUGGACAAAUUGACAGGUCUCUCAGCUGGAAGGAUGUUCAGUGGCUCCAGACAAUUACCAGCCUACCAAUUCUAGUUAAGGGUGUCAUUACUGCUGAAGACACAAGGUUAGCCAUACAAGCAGGAGCUGCUGGAAUUAUCGUCUCCAACCACGGAGCUCGUCAACUGGAUUAUGUCCCUGCAACUAUCAUGGCUUUGGAAGAGGUGGUCAAAGCUGCACAAGGCCGAGUUCCUGUUUUCCUGGAUGGUGGUGUCCGGCGAGGAACAGAUGUCUUCAAAGCAUUGGCUCUUGGAGCAUCUGGAAUAUUUAUUGGAAGACCGGUGGUUUUCUCACUGGCUGCUGAAGGAGAGGCUGGAGUGAGGAAAGUUCUUCAAAUGCUUCGCGAAGAGUUUGAGCUAACCAUGGCAUUAAGCGGUUGCCGUUCACUCAAGGAGAUCACCCGCAACCACAUUGCGACAGAAUGGGACAGCCCUCGUACUGGUAUUGCUCCUAGAUUGUAAGAUGUCAAGUGUUUGUCCUUCUUCUGCAUUUUGAUGCAGUGGAUUAGCACACAUUUUCGGGAGCCUAUGAUCAAAAGAAUGUUACAUAUAUUUAUAAUUUUUGCUUCAAAGAAAACUGUUGAAGAAUCUGAUAAACUUCUGUAUGGAGAAUCAAUUACAUUGUAUAAAUGGCUACUUCUGCUGGCUUUUAUUUCUCUA